AUGUCGUCCCAAGCUGUUGCCGACAUCGGCCUUAUCGGCCUCGCCGUCAUGGGUCAGAACCUGAUCCUCAACAUGAACGACAAGGGCUUCACUGUCUGCGCGUACAACCGUACCACCAGCAAGGUGGACGACUUCCUCGCCAACGAGGCCAAGGGCACCAACGUCGUUGGCGCCAAGUCGAUCGAGGAGUUUGUUGCCAAGCUCAAGCGCCCCCGUAAGAUGAUCCUCCUCGUCAAGGCCGGCCCCGCCGUCGACGCCUUCAUCGAGCAGCUCGUACCCCACCUUGAGCAGGGCGACAUCAUCAUUGACGGCGGUAACUCGCACUACCCCGACUCGAUCCGCCGCGCCAAGGAGCUCGAGGCCAAGGGCCUCCUCUUUGUCGGCUCCGGUGUCUCGGGCGGUGAGGAGGGUGCCCGCCACGGCCCUUCGCUCAUGCCCGGUGGUUCGGACGCCGCCUGGCCCCACAUCAAGGAGAUCUUCCAGAAGACCGCGGCGCAGUCGGACGGCGAGCCCUGCUGUGACUGGGUCGGGCAGACCGGUGCCGGCCACUACGUCAAGAUGGUGCACAACGGUAUCGAGUACGGUGACAUGCAGCUCAUCUGCGAGGCCUACGACAUCCUCAAGCACGGCCUCGGCCUCAAGGAGUCCGAGAUCGGCGACAUCUUCACCAAGUGGAACACGGGCGUGCUCGACUCGUUCCUCAUCGAGAUCACCCGCGACAUCCUCAAGUACAACGACGAGGACGGCGUCCCCCUCCUCACCAAGAUCCUCGACUCGGCCGGCCAGAAGGGUACCGGCAAGUGGACCGCCAUCAACGCGCUCGACCUCGGCCAGCCCGUCACCCUGAUCGGCGAGGCCGUCUUUGCCCGCUGCCUCUCGUCGCUCAAGGGCGAGCGCACCCGCGCCUCCAAGAUCCUCGGCGGCCCCCAGAUCAAGCCCUUCGAGGGCAACAAGGAGCAGUUCAUCGCCGACCUCGAGCAGGCGCUCUACGCCUCCAAGAUCGUCUCGUACGCCCAGGGCUUCAUGCUCAUGCGCGAGGCCGCCAAGGAGUACGACUGGAAGCUCAACAACCCCUCGAUCGCCCUCAUGUGGCGCGGCGGCUGCAUCAUCCGCUCCGUCUUCCUCAAGGACAUCACCGCCGCCUUCCGCAAGAACCCCGAGCUGGAGAACCUCCUCUUUGACGACUUCUUCAACAAGGCCAUCCACGAUGCCCAGGAGGGCUGGCGCCGCGUCGUCGCCCAGGCCAUCCUCUGGGGUCUGCCCACGCCCGCCUUCUCUACCGCGCUCGCCUUCUUCGACGGCUACCGCCGCGAGCAGCUGCCCGCCAACCUGCUCCAGGCGCAGCGUGACUACUUUGGUGCCCACACCUUCCGCGUGCUGCCGCAGUACGCGAGCGCCAAGCUCCCCGAGGGCCAGGACAUCCACAUCAACUGGACCGGCCGUGGUGGUAACGUCUCGGCCUCGACCUACAGCGCAUAA